AUGCUUGCUGCCGCUGCAACCGCCUAUUAUUCUCUAGACGGUGUGAGGAGAAUAUUCUCUGGUUCAACGGGAUCGCUGGAUCUGGAAAGAGCACCAUCGCUGCUUCCAUCACGGACCAUUGUGAUGAUGAAUUCUGCCUUGCGGCGUUUCUUUCCUCCGAACGAGGAAGGAGGGGCAUCGCUGGCAGCGUUCGAGCCAUCCCUUGCAUCGUAUAUAAUACCCGCUGCCAAGCAGCUCAAGAGUUCUUCGCCUGCUCGACAGUUCGAAAAGCUUCUUUUGAAUCCACUUAGUUCUGCUAAAGGCGCCAAAGGUCCAAUAAUCAUCAUUAUCGAUGCACUAGACGAGUGCGGCACUGCGGAGCAACGGCGGGAGAUCCUGGAGUUGCUCAAAGUCAACUUCGCAAAUCUGCCAUUGGAGGUCCAGUACUUCAUUACAAGUCGACCUGAAAACGACAUUCUCAGGUCACUCUCAUCACGGCCACAUAUAUGCGAACUCAAGCUCGAGCACACCUCGACGGAAAGUCGGCGCGAUGUGCUUGCUUACAUUGACAACUUUCAACCGGAUCUUCAUCUUUGCGGUAUUAGGCGUGGUCAAACCUCGCGAUUCAGUGCGCGAUUCACCUGUGCGAUUCACUUUCAUGCAAAGUGA